CUUUAAAAUAAUCUCAACUCUAUAGCCCCAAAAUGUUCACAUCUCAUCUUCCAACUCCCUCGCGACCGAUCCCUUCAAUGAGCCGGUCUCAGCUUACCAGUCAAGGUAACUAUGACAACUGGCAGGGUCUUUGGGAUCAAGACUGCUAAGAUCAAUAUCAGAAUGUGUGAACGACUCAUCGCUACCACGAGCUACCGCGGUUGUAGCAAGGAGUGCAACAUAACGUCAACGUCUAUCAACCCGUGUGAGAAUGCCAGAAACACCGGGACUCAAUGCACCGACCCUAAGGAUGUCCAUCUUGGUAACACGCGAAGCCGUGCCGAGUGUCCCAACCAUAAAGAUGAGGGAUAUUCUCAGCGCUAGAAUACAUAGCUGGAAAUGACUAGAGGGCGAUGUGCUCGUGCUCGCGCUCGUUUUUCAGACUUUCAACACCGGAUUGAUGGUAGGAAUACUUAGUAAAGAAAACCAUGUCAAGUUGCAGAAGGCGCAAAUGCAAUUUUGU